CAUGGCAAGGCCAGAGCCACAAAGCCUGCCGUGGGACCGUUCUUUUAACUGACAAUGCCAACCCAAGAAAGUCUGGGAUGGUAGUGAGUAGGAACUAGGGUUGCAAUGGCUCCUCCCCUUGGAGCAGGGAGGAAGAGGCUGGCUUAUCCUACAAAGGCCCCAGGAGCAGUAGCCUCGGGAAGUAGAGUUCUGCCGGUCUGCACCAUGUCCUGGGUUCCCGUCCUGCUCAUGCUGUUAGUCUACUGCACAGGUUGUGUUCCUCAGCCUGUGCUGCAUCAGCCACCAUCCAUGUCUUCACCUCUUGGAACCACAGUCCGCCUUACCUGCACCCUGAGCAGCAACUAUAACAUUGGUGUUUAUAGCAUCUACUGGUACCAACAGAGGCUGGGCAACUCUCCAAGGUUCUUGCUAAGAUACUUCUCAUACUCAGAUCAGCACUGGGGUCCCAAUGUCCCCCAUCGCUACUCUGGAUCAAAAGAUGUGGCCAGGAACCGUGGGUAUUUAAUCAUCUCCAAACUGAAGUCUGAGGAUGAGGCAAUGUAUUUCUGUGCUGUGGGUCCCCAAAGCAUGGAGAGGGAAAAGAUGGAGAGGGAGAGCAGGGAAGAAAAGGAUCCUGCUGCUUCAGGAUCCCAGAUGCCCCAGGACAUGUAUACCUGAAUUGAAGACAAGGUUUCACUCAGAGAGGCUGGUGUGGGAAGGGGGAGGAUAGAAGCAUGGGGCUGCACAGAGCCCAGGAGAUAGGGACACUUAGCUCCUUCUUGUCUAGCAGUAUGGCUGUAAACCUCAUUGGAAGCUAGAUUACAGAAUUAAAGCUUUUUUGUGUU